AUGGGAACGAACGAUACAACAUGUUCAGGACCAAUGAAAGCAACCUCUAAUGGAGUCUUUCAGGGAGAGAAUCCUCUGCAACACGCGUUGCCUCUUCUCAUACUCCAGAUCUGCAUCGUUCUUUUCCUCACUCGUGUUCUUGCUUUUCUCCUCCGUCCUCUCCGGCAACCACGUGUCAUCGCCGAGAUAGUGGGUGGAAUAUUACUUGGACCAUCAGCUCUUGGAAAAAGCUCAAAGUUUCUCAACACAGUUUUCCCACCAAAGAGUCUAACUGUUCUAGACACACUUGCCAACUUAGGACUCAUCUUCUUCCUCUUCCUCGUUGGUCUCGAGCUUGACCCCAAAUCUCUCAAGCGUACCGGGAAGAAAGCUCUCUCCAUAGCUCUAGCUGGAAUCACUCUCCCUUUCAUCUUCGGCAUUGGAACUUCAUUUGCACUGCGUAGCACCAUUGCUGAUGGAGCUAGCAAAGCUCCUUUCCUCGUCUUCAUGGGCGUUGCUCUCUCCAUCACAGCUUUCCCCGUCUUGGCUCGUAUCCUCGCUGAGAUCAAGCUUCUCACAACUGAUAUUGGGAAGAUUGCCUUGUCAGCUGCUGCGGUUAACGACGUGGCGGCUUGGAUUUUACUAGCUCUCGCGGUGGCUCUCUCCGGAGAAGGAAGCUCUCCGCUGACUUCUUUAUGGGUGUUUCUAUCUGGUUGCGGUUUUGUUGUGUUCUGUAUCUUUGUCGUGCAACCGGGGAUGAAGUGGAUAGCUAAACGUUGUCCUGAAGGGGAACCGGUUAAAGAACAAUACGUGUGUCUCACGUUAGGUAUUGUUCUUGCGGCUAGCUUUGUCACGGACUUGAUUGGGAUACACGCGCUGUUCGGUGCGUUUGUGAUCGGUGUUAUCUUCCCUAAAGAAGGCAAUUUCGCCAACUCUUUGGUUGAGAAACUUGAGGAUCUCGUGUCGGGCCUGUUCUUGCCUCUUUACUUUGUGUCGAGCGGUUUGAAGACAGAUGUGGCGACCAUACAAGGAGCUCAGUCUUGGGGACUAUUGGUUUUGGUUAUAUUCAAUGCUUGUUUUGGUAAAAUCGUCGGCACGGUGGUGGUUUCUCUUUACUGCAAAGUUCCACUUGAUGAAUCAUUAGCACUCGGUUUCUUGAUGAACACGAAAGGUCUUGUUGAGCUUAUUGUCCUCAACAUUGGUAAAGACAGAGGGGUUUUGAACGAUCAAAUAUUUGCUAUAAUGGUACUAAUGGCGAUUUUCACAACCUUCAUGACGACUCCUCUGGUUUUAGCGGUGUAUAAACCGGGAAAAUCUUCAACCAAAAGCGAUUACAAUAACCGGACAAUCGAGGAAACGAACCGGUCCAAUAAACCGUUCCGUCUUAUGUUCUGUUUCCAAAGCAUAAUGAAUAUUCCCACGAUAGUCAACCUCAUCGAAGCCUCACGUGGCACGAACCGUAAAGAAAGCCUAUCCGUCUACGCGAUGCAUCUCAUGGAGCUCUCCGAGAGAUCAUCAGCUAUACUAAUGGCACACAAGGUACGAAAAAACGGUCUCCCAUUCUGGAACAAAGACAAAUCUGGUAACAGUUCCGACAUGGUGGUGGUCGCAUUCGAGGCUUACCAGAGACUAAGCCGUGUCUCGGUGCGUCCAAUGACUGCCAUCUCAGCUAUGGCCACUAUCCAUGAAGAUAUAUGCCGAAGCGCUGAACGCAAACGCGCCGCUAUGGUGAUUCUACCGUUUCACAAGCACGUUAGGUUGGAUAGGACGUGGGAGACGACUAGGAACGAGUACCGUUUGAUUAACAAGAAGGUUAUGGAGGAAGCUCCGUGUUCUGUCGCGAUUCUUGUUGAUCGUGGUCUUGGUGGCGCGACUCGCGUCGCGUCUAGCGAUUUCUCGUUGGCUAUAACCGUUUUGUUUUUUGGUGGGAAUGAUGAUCGCGAGGCGUUGGCGUUUGCGGUGCGUAUGGCGGAACAUCCUGGUAUAAGUUUAACCGUGGUCCGGUUUAUUCCUAGUGAGGAGUUUAAACCGGAAAACGUGAAGCUGGAGAUAACCGAGGAUCAUCAAACCGGUUCUUGUUCAGGGGAAACUAGAUUGGUUGAUAUAGAAGCUAUAACCGAACUUAAAGCGAAGAUUAAAGAACAAGAAAUCUCGGAAUUUCAAAUUGUUUACGAAGAGAAGAUUGUGAAGUGUCACGAGGAGAUUUGCAAGGCUAUUAAUGAAUAUUCAAGAAGCAAUCUUUUCUUGGUGGGGAAGUCACCGGAAGGUUCGGUGGCUUCGGGGUUACAUGUGAUGAGAAGCGACACCCCGGAGCUUGGACCGGUGGGGAAUUUGUUAACGUCAAGCGAAAGUGUUUCAACGUCGGCGUCGGUGUUGGUGGUGCAACAGUAUGUAGCAAGCCGUGAUUCUUCGGUGGUUGGAGUUUUGAAGAACGUCAUAGAGGAAGACUCGCCGGUUAAGUAUACCGAGAGUCCUUAG